AUGGUCUUAAGGUCUCUGCAUGUUGAAACAUCUGAGCAGUACUUAGAGAUGAUGAUGAUGCUGAAGACUUCGGAUGAUGAGAAAAUGCCCGGGAGAUCAAGAGCCUCAUGGAGUCCUGAAGAAGACCAGAAGCUGAAAGCCUACAUUAAGCGAUACGGUAUUUGGAAUUGGAAUCAGAUGCCUGAAGCUUCCGGUUUGACGCGAUCCGGAAAAAGUUGUAGGCUCCGAUGGAUGAAUUACCUUAGGCCUGACAUUAAGCGGGGGAACUUCAGCCAAGAAGACCAAGAAACUAUACUUAAGUGGCAUGAACUGCUGGGGAACCGAUGGUCUGCAAUUGCUGCCAAGCUUCCAGGAAGAACUGACAAUGAAAUAAAAAAUUACUGGCACGCCCACCUGAAAAAGCGCAGUAAGAACAAUUUGUCAUCAACAACUAUAUCAGAAUUGGUGGGAACAUCCGAGGAAGUUGAAGCUAACAAGAAUGAUUCUUCUGGGAAUCAAGAUCUCCUACGAAUUAGCGAUUCACCAAAAGUGCCAAACAUGGAUGGCAUUAAAGGUAUCCCGACGUCACUACAAAUCUAUAUGUCUACAAAUGAUAUUGCCUCUUCUUCAAGCAGUACUGAUCCUCCAGUAGAAGAUGUUAGAAACCAAUACAUGAUAGAUCAGGACGAGAUCAAUUUUAGUUUGUCCAACGCAUCUGAAAUAAUCCAAAGUAUAUGGGAGCUGCCAUAUUUUUCAUUCCAGGACAUAUUCAUGCCUGAAACAGACCCUGGAUUUAUGGCUCCAACUACUGCGAGGUGCCACCAAGAGCCAAUGUAUUCUGAUGUUUGCAAUGAUGCUGGUUAUGAUUUUUGGGUAGAUUAA